AUGGCUGUUGAGGAACGUCACCCUCGGCUGUAUUUUCCUGACGGCGACGUCGUUCUCCGCGUCCUCGUUUCCGACGGAUGCAAACUUGCGGAAAACGACUCGAUGGACACGAACUCCGAGUCAGGCACCGUCAAGAAGUACCAGCACUUCCGUGUUCACCAGCUCCUACUCAAGCUUCAUCUGGUCGCCUUCGCCAACCUAUUUGCCGACGCCACAGCUAGCCAUGAGCCGAAGUACGACGGACAACCCCUUUUAGACUUGCCGGACAGGGCGGAGGACCUUGCGCUUCUGUUAGAGAUGGUAUACAACCUACCCUCGAAUCCUCUACGCAAACAGAAUCCCCGCAAGGCAGUCGAACUCUCUGGCGUCAUUCGUCUCGCGGACAAAUACGUCGGUGAUGAACUUCGAGCACAGCUCAUCCAACACGUCACGGAGGGGUGGCCGACGACUCUUCACGAGUGGGACGUCCGGGAGGGAGAAGCAAGCGCCAUCACCACAUCACUGGCCCGCACAAACCGCCUUAGGCGUCGAAGUACAGGUCCAUACCUCGCCGACGUCAUGCCCGAGCCGGCCUCCGCGAUAAUGUUCGCCCAAGAGUUUGGAUGCCAUGAGAUCCUCCCCGCAGCGUACUACCAGCUGGCCCGCAUCAGCGUCAAGGCUGACUUGGACAAGCGUAAUGCCGACCGUUCACAGCGCCUCGCUCGAUGGUCUGCACUAGACAACAGCAGCCUUCUUCGUCACCUCCACGGUCGGGAAGCCCUCGAGGAGUACUCCGACAGUUUUGCUCGACUCGAUUACGGUCUUGGCAGUACACUGGAUAGCGCGUGCGUUCCUUGGUGGAUCACAACUCCGCAAGUGGUUCCGCAGUCGGUGAUCGACGCGGACACGCGGAAGUAUCCCUGCUACGACUACGCAAUGCGUCACAUCGACACAGUGUGGCCGGCCAAGGACUAUCGCGACCCCCUGACGGGAUUAUCCAAGAUUCUCGACUACAAGCGCGCCGACGAGGACAAUGAGGACGGGCUGUGCGAGGAAUGCCAGAGCACAUUCUCUGAGCGAGUCAUAUCCGAGCGCUUGAGACUCUGGAAGAAACUUCCGCACUUCUUCCAGCUAAAGGAAGGGUAG